AUGUACGGUUCUAUAAGGAGAAUGCUAACUCUGGAUGAUCCGAAAAAUGGUGAAUUUAGUGAAGACGAAUUGAGAAAAAUUAGAUUAAAGCACAUCUUUUAUAUGUUCAUUUUUACAAUACUUUAUGUAUCUUGUUUCUUGAUGGAACAUAGCUAUAAUAAAAGUGCACCAAUAUCCAAUCAGAUAAGAUCAAAGUUAUUUGCAUCUACAUCUGAACAGUUGAAUAGAAUUCAAGACCAAUUGGGAACGCCGGAAUUAGAAUCUAUUAUAUCGGGUUCUACAGUUUCAGACAUAUUAAAUUUGCUUCAAGCAUCUUGUAAAUCUAAAUCUUUAAUUGAAGAUGGAAUGACUGAGUUUUUCAACUGUGAUAUAAUUAGAAUAGAUUGGAAGAAAACUCACCCAAACCCUUCUCAUCCUGAAUUGCCUUGCGACAAUUCCUCUCUUGAGAAGUAUGUUGAAGAAGGUGAUAAUACCCCAUUAGGUGAAUUUCCACCUGCCAUAAAAAAAUAUUAUGAUACUAAUAAAGUACCAUUGGAUCAACAAUCAAAACCGAUCUUUCAUAUGUAUCAUGAUUCAAAGCUAUUACUUCCUCUGUUUUCUAAUUCCCCAGACCACAAUUUGGGCCCAAUUCCUUCAAUUCAUGAAAAGCUCAAUUUAAUAGGUAAGAAAAUUUUUAAGGAAGAAUUAGAAAAAAAUCCUAGUGGGAUGGAUUCUAAUAUUUUUAAUGACAGAAAAAUUGUACAGUCUAGUGAAAUAAGUGAGAAAUAUAAACGAAAUGCUGCUAUGGGAAAAGUUAUUAAUGAAAUGAAUUCAAAACAAACUAGUACUAAAUUAGUAAUUGAUAGGAAUCAUCAUUGGGAUUUACUAUUUAAAUGCGACCCCGAAUGGGUCGCAGUUGUUUUUGAGGUAUCCGCAGUUCAAAAAGAAAAAUAUCCACUUUGGUGGAAAACAAAGCUUCAAUUUACACGUAACUCUCCAUAUUUAAAUCAUUACUUUCCAGAAAUAGAAAUAACAACAGGUUUGGCAUAUAAAAGACACCAUCCUAUUUCAAUAUUGUUACCAGUUGUAACAUUAUUAUUAUUUUCAUGGCUUUUAUUUCCUGGUGCACUUUCAAGCGUACUAAUGUUUCCUUAUAAUGUAUAUAGGUUAACUUCAAAAAAUGGUAAAUUUAGAGAUAUCAUUGGCCACUUUAUAGAUCCAUUUGGAAAUCGAAUUUACACUUUAAGCUGGUUUCAAAUAUUACUAGAAAAUACUAUAGGAAUACUAAUUACUUUAGGAUUCAUAUUUUCUAGUUUGGCCAUUCAUUUCGGCUCUGAACUUUGUAUUGAGACAGUGUAUAAGAAAUGCAUCGAUCCUCAUUUAUUUUGGUCUGAAACUCUUCAUUUAACUGGUGCGGAGUAUUAUGGUCAAGUACUUUUCAGUUUAUGGCUUAAGACUAAACUACAUGCGAUUGCAGUUUUGUUGUUAUUUAUAAGGCUAUUAGAGAUCUCACUCUUUUCUAACAACACAAGUUUUUUAAUUAUGACAUUUAUUUUCGCAUUUGUACCUUUCAUGCAUUUCACCGCAAUAUUCCUUAUUUUGUUAUUCGCAUUCUCAAUAAUAAUGCAUGCUAUGUAUGGAGCUAUUUAUAUUCAAUUUUCAACAAUUUCAAUAUCAUUUUACUCACUGUUCUUGUUUGCAUUUGGAAGUCCAUUUUCUGGAACAGAAGUUGGGAUAAAUGCGUAUUUUGAAAAAAGUGCAUACGGUGCAGCAGCAAUGUUAUUACUAUUUGAAAUCCUCUUUGUUACAAUUCUGCUCAAUAUGUUUACUACAAUUAUCAUGAAUUCUUACGCAAUAGCAACAAAGAACACUGAGAGUCCAAUGAGAAUGAAGAAAGUUACUGCAUCUCUAUGGUAUCAGGCAAAGCUUAUUUUUGGGUUUCACAAUGAACUGCAAGAGGAAUUAGAUACAAUUGAACGACUUGGAGCGCUUAUAAAGGAAAGUGAAGAGUCUGUAGUGUUAGAUAUGGCACUUCAUCUUCCACCAGUAAUAUCACCAACAAAUAACUCUGUAGAUAAUAAAACUCCACUUUUAAAAGCGAACUAA